CGAUGACACGCGCCAGCUCAAUACGCAUGCGCCCGACAUCCGACAGCGACAUACGACUUAUUGUAGAACAGGCUUAAAACUUACCUGCGUUCCCGCGCAAAAUGCUUGUAUUAGUAUGUACCGUGGUGACCGCCUUCUCGUUUCCUCGAAAGUAAUUUUAAAACUGAUCGCGUUGUGUCAUUGUUAACGUCUCAGUCGUUUUGAACGUUUGUCUCGUCUACAAUAGUGACGUAAAGUUGCUGGAAAUAUCUCGGCAACCAUGGCAUUGCACGAAUCUGUCAAAGAAAACCUCGGUACCGUCCGCAAACAUCUCGAGGAUGUAUCGUUGCGCACUUCACCAAAGAAAUCAUGUAUAUCACCAAAUGUAACUCCAGAUCAUGGAUUAAAAACUACAAAAGUUGUACAAAAACUACAGCUAAAAGAAAAAGAAGACUCAGAGUUUGAUCCACAGUUGGAACCACUUCUUGAUGGAGGUGCAAAUCGCUUUGUAAUUUUUCCCAUUCACUAUCCCGACAUUUGGGACAUGUACAAGAAAGUAGAGGCCACCUUUUGGACUGUACAAGAAGUAGAAACUGAGAAAGACAAGAAGGACUGGGAAGAGAAGCUCGAUGACAAUCAGAAACAUUUUAUUUUAAAUGUAUUGGCAUUUUGUGCCGUUUCUAAUGGAAGCAUUAAUAAAACUGUAAUUGAGAGAUUCAGUCAGGACAUCAAACUGCCUGAAGCACGGUCUUUCUAUAUCUUUCAGAAUACUAUAGAGGGUGUUCAUUCUAUAAUGUACAGUUUGCAUCUAAAAACAUGCACAUCUGACCCUAAAGAAAAGGUUUCGUUGUUCACUGCCAUAAAGACUCUUCCUUCCAUGAAGAAAAAGAUUAAUUUUACGUUAAAAUGGAUCGAUCACGAGGGCCCGAACUUUCCCGAACGUGUAGUCGCGCUUGCAGCGGUCAAAGGGAUUUUUUUAAGUAGCAGUUUUGCCGCGAUGUUCUGGCUGAAGAAGCAAGGGGUUAUGCCGGGCCUCACUUUCAGUAAUGAUCUCAUUUCACGAGAUAAAGAGUUACUUUGCGACUUCGCGUGCCUAAUGUUCAAACAUAUCGUCCAAAAACCGUCAUUCGAGCGCGUGAAACAGAUAAUACAGGAUGCCGUGGUUAUCGAAAAGGAAUUCUUGACAGAAGCGUUACCGGUUAAUCUAAUAGGAAUGAAUUCUGAACUCGUGUGUAAAUACAUCGAAUGUGUCGCAGACAGACUGUUCAUUGCGUUGGGAUAUGCAAAAGUUUACAACUCGGAGAAUCCGUUCCCAUUUAUGAACGUUACUUCCCGUGAGGUUGCAACAAAUGUCUUUGAGAAGAAAAUAACCGAGUACAAAAAGUUCGGUGUUGCCGAGGAAGAUUCUCAGAAAAAGAACAUUCAGUCGGCUGGUGUGGUGUUUGGCGUGAAUUUUUAGCGUAUAAAGUUAUAUUGAAUAAGAGAAUAUGUAUUGUUACAUCUCUCUCUCAAGUAGUGUACAACUAUUGUUAAGAAGAAAGUAUUGAAUUCGCGAAAAGCUACAGGUUAGCGAUUAUUUUUUGUUGAUGUAAUCGUCAAGUGUUUGAUAGUUUUAUUUAAA